AGCAGAGUAGAUUUUCUCAGCGAUCGCCGCCAUAGGGGAGCACGUGGUCGAGAGCCGAUUGAGCUAGAGCGGACCAAGCGGGCGCAUUAUCGGGUAGUUCGGGCGUAAUAGGUGUACGCCCGCGAAUUUAAUCGGGUAGAAGUCGAUUGUUUGUUUCUGUCGCCGAUUAUUUUGCUUCGUUGGUUUUGGAUAUUUUGGUUUAUUUUUUUUUUCGUCGGUGCGGCCGGUCCGUCGAUUGUGGGAUUGGUUUUUUUUGGUGGCUGGUUCGGGUGUUUUUUUUUUACUUUAACUUCUUGUACUCCUUGCGACGGAAAAGUCAGGUGGAUGAUGCGAUAGAUGAGAUCUUUUGUAAAGUGAUUUUACAUUUUUUCUAAAGGUAACCCCAAGAGAUCAACCUGGGAGCCACAUCCGGACCCGUCCCGACUCCGGGCGGGUUUUCUCCAGUCAUUUCCGCUGCAAAAACGCUUUCGUUGAGGGAAUCGUCCUGCGCCGAAGCCCUGUGGAAAAUGCCUCACAAAGAAGAGGACCUCAUGCACCAUGCAAUGGGCCAAAAUACAUUGUUUGGAUGUUCCACAGCUGGCCAUAGCGGCAUCAAUCAGCUAGGUGGCGUUUACGUCAACGGCAGGCCUCUGCCUGAUUCCACGAGACAGAAGAUCGUGGAGCUGGCCCAUUCGGGCGCCCGGCCCUGCGACAUCUCCAGGAUCCUGCAGGUCUCCAACGGGUGCGUGUCGAAGAUACUCGGCAGGUAUUACGAAACGGGUUCGAUCAAACCUAGGGCGAUAGGUGGGUCGAAACCUCGAGUCGCCACGGCGCCGGUGGUCAACAAGAUAGCCGAGUUCAAAAGGGAGUGCCCUUCCAUAUUCGCUUGGGAAAUUAGGGAUAGGUUGCUGUCGGAGGGCGUGUGCAAUAACGACAACAUACCUAGCGUGUCGUCCAUAAAUCGGGUGCUCAGAAAUUUGGCGUCGCAGAAGGAACAACAAGCGUCCGCUCAGAACGAGUCCGUUUAUGAUAAAUUGAGGAUGUUCAACGGGCAAACUCCCGGUUGGGCAUGGUAUCCCGGAACACCCACGGCACCGCCGCUCGGCCUCCCGCCGGCGCCCGCCGCUCUUACUAGUCAAAUAUCCAGGGAUGAUCUCCAAAAAAGAGCUGACGUGAUGCACGAGAACACGUCGGAUGGGAACUCCGAGCACAACUCUUCUGGCGACGAGGAUUCGCAGCUGAGGUUGAGACUGAAAAGGAAACUCCAGAGGAACCGAACAUCCUUCACCAACGAACAAAUCGAUAAUUUAGAAAAGGAAUUUGAACGUACUCAUUACCCGGACGUGUUUGCGAGGGAGAGGCUGGCGGAGAAAAUUGGAUUACCUGAGGCACGUAUCCAGGUCUGGUUCAGCAAUCGACGGGCGAAGUGGAGGCGAGAAGAAAAAUUACGCAACCAGCGUCGAUCCGUCGAUCAAGUGGGCGCCGUCAGCCCGCCGGCCUCGGCCCCCCGUCUGCCCAUCAACUCCGGCUUCAAUUCCAUGUAUUCUUCGAUACCGCAACCCAUCGCCACCAUGGCCGACACUUACAGCUCGAUGCAGAGCGGCUUGACGUCGAGCUGUCUGCAACAGCGAGAAGCCACGGGCUACCCGUACAUGUUCCACGAUCCCCUGCACUCCUUGAGCUCUUCCUACAACUCGAGGAGCUGCAAUCCGGCCGUUGCGCACGCGCAACCCACCACCCAUCAUCCCUCGUACGGGAGCAACGGACCCUCUUCAGUACCUGUAUCAACCGGCACCGGUGUGAUAUCAGCCGGUGUGUCGGUGCCAGUACAAAUCCCCAGCCAAACAGCCGAUCUGGCGUCCAGCUACUGGCCGAGAAUUCAGUGAUCUCAACUUUUCGGGUUUCCUCCGCCGAGCCUGCUCGUGCCCCAGGAAAACCCGGCCCUGCAACCGACCCUAACGCCCCCUGUGGUCGCGUCGACGCCACCUGAAGAAUCCUCUUAAGUGAAUUAGGCGGAGGGCGAUCCGGAAAGCCGGAUGGCCCGGAAACCGUGCGACAGGUAACUUUAGAGUUUCGAUGCGCCGCUGCCAUUUUCUGUCCGUGCGGUUUUUCGGGUGGAAUUCGUGGAAAAGGAGUUGGAUUGGGGAUUGGGGAGGGUGAUGUUUUUGUUUAAAAUUCUAAAACCCGGCCGGACUGCAGGGUACUGCGUGAUGAGUGAUUUUGUGUAUAUAAAAGCGGGAGUUUGUUUUUGGAAAAUUCGACGAGAAUUUUUAUAAUGCACAAUUCGGUGUGUUUUUUUAUUAUGGCGCUGGAUUUGUUGUAAAUUCGGGAUUUUAUUUUUCUAGCAGGUAAAUUUGACUUUAAUUUCGGCCAAACUUUUUUUUGUUAUCUAGUCAAAUAUGCUUUUAAAUAGGUAAUUUCAUUUAAUUUAUUGUUUGAUAUCUGAGAAUUUACACAAAUUUAAGCAAAUUCUGUAAAUAUAGGAGUGUUAGUUGUACAUAGCGGAUUACAUAAGUUACCUGCAAUUGGUAAUUUUGCAAUAAUUUGUUAAUAAGAGCAAAACUAGUUUAAAUCUGAA